AUUUGCAAAACCGACAGUUUGCUGCGGUUAUCUUUGGUCACUAGGAAAAAUAUCAUUGAUGUCAUAUUUUGCGAUGGUGCAAUGUUUUUUGGGGUGAUGACACUGUCCAAUAUACUGAACAUCCUGACGUACUACAUCGGUUCGGUUGGCCUCAGAGGCAGUCUUUCCACAUUUACUUGUUGCUUAUCCGUUACUCUCAUCUCUCGGCUGAUGCUUAACCUGCACCAGACUAUCGACACUGGCAUUUUCUCCACUCCCACCCAGGACGACAGCCCAAGCCUCCCUAUCAUCACCACUAGGGUCGACGUAGAGUCUACGAUUUCCUCUCACCAUUAAUAGGCUAGUAUUGGAUUUUGUUUCUAGAUGCAAAAUCUUGUUGGGAGCGGCAAGCUGUUCCUUUAGCGCUUUCCUGCACCGCGCCGGCGGUCAUGAGUACUUAGUAGAAAUCUCAGUUAUUGUAAAUCUUUGGACGUGCCCAACGUAGAUGUGCUCAUUAUCGCCUAAUUAUGCUGCAUAUGCUCGUCUAUAAUACGAUAUAUCUCUGUAUAACCAAUGUAUAAUCCUUGGCCUCUCGUCUCGCAAGUACUGUUGAUGGAAGGUCAACGAUCUACUAGUAGCUGUAUCAUAAGGUGUUUGCUCUUAAAACUCGAUGACUUCAAACCGAUCCAUUUUAUC